AUGGCAUUAUCGACUCCUUUCCAGCAACGCGUCCAAAAGUUAGCGACUGUCUUCUCUGUUCGAUACUCUUCGCGACGAAUCGAUCCCAAGGCGAACUUCGACUCAUCGCGUCGUCGGGGCCCACAGAAAGAGGGAGACUUCUUCUACCGCGUUACUCGCGAGCUAUCUUACCUGCUCAGACAUGGCGCACUUCAUGAGCGAGUGCCCAUUCGUCCAGAUGGCUACGUGAAUGUGGACACUUUGCUCAAACAUCCUCCCAUGCGUGGUCUGGGAUUGAAUGAAUUACGACGCAUUGUAAGCCAGGACAACAAGUCUCGCUACAAUCUUCGGAGAGAGAUCGUCGACGGAGUCGGUUCAUGGUGGAUACGUGCGAAUCAAGGCCACUCAAUGCCGGGCAUUACACCGGAGCUGGAGCCCAUCAUGUCCUCAAAAGACAUUCCCAUGGCGGUUCACGGCACAACGCUAGCAGCCUGGACACUUAUCUCGAAGAGCGGCCUUUCACGAAUGACUCGGAAUCACAUCCACCUUGCGCAGGGCUAUGUUGGCUCCGUUAUCAGUGGAAUGCGGAAAUCGUCUCAAAUUCUCGUGUUCAUCGACGUCUCUAAAGCACUUGAAGCUGGAAUCCCUUUCUUUCUCUCGAGCAACGGUGUUGUACUCACACCUGGUGACAGCGACGGCUAUUUGCAACCCAAUUUUUUCUCAAAUGUCCGUUACGCCAACCCCACAAAGUUGGCUGACCCAGUCCCUGGUUGGACCGCCCUACCGCGAGCAACCCGAACAUCUCCGACCCAUUGA